AUGGGGGCCCCACCGGUCGUUCCCGCAGAGCUAGGGGGCCCCGGGGAGGUCGUGGAGGCCCCUGGCCUUGCAGCGGGGGCCCCCGCGUCGCUAUUAUUCAAGAGUUCGGUGCUUCCAGCUCUCGGCGCGAAUGAGUCGAGACAAGGGGAGUGUAACAGCAAGCCUCUAGACAGAGGUGCUCCCUCAGACCCCUUCCCGACUCCUGAGGCUAAGGCUCCACGCAAUGCUGCUUUCUCAGUAGUUCAAUCAGCGGCGUUCGGGGGUCCAUCGUGCUGUCUGACUGCUGCGGGAGGAGACGGUGGGGAACGGGAUAAUGGAGGCUUGCUCUCCGAAUCCUUCUUCGACCCUGCAGCAGCAAACAGUCCCUCUGCCUCUUCCGACGUCCAACACGGUAGCCCCCAGCUGGCAGGCUUUAUUUCGCAUGGCUACAGUGUCUCGCCAGCUAACAACUCCCCUGUCGCAGAUGGGGGCCCCUUCUCGGGGGGGGCGACCGCUGAGGGUCUCUUCGGCUUCAGGGAGAGGCAGCUCUUCGCCCUCCAGCAGCAGCAGCAACAGCUGCACCAGCAGCGCGCCCGCGCCACUGCGACAGCAGCGGCAGAGGGUCUGCAGCAGGAACAGGAUACCAUGAGUGCAACGGAGGGCGAAGAUGCAGCGGGAAAUUCCGCUGGCGCAGACAUGCAGCAGCAGCAGCAGCAACGCCUGCGGGGGUCGCGUGUCGCGGCUAAGAGCAGCGUUCGUCUGAGCCGUCUGGCUGCAAUGAGGCGUCGGAAGGUUCGGAGGCAGUGCAGUCAUCGGGGUGCCGACUUUCCCGUAGCAGCAGCAGGGGGGGCAGAGGAGGGGAAUAACGGAGGCAGUGGAGGUCCCCAGCUGCCUGCUUUCGCGUUUCAGAGGAGCUGUCUGUCUGUCCGCUUGGGAGAGCUCGUGAGGAGGGCUAUGCGGGAGCAGCACAAAGUCGUGUGGAUGGACAGAAGCGAUGCGAGAGGCCUCCUGCCUCUCCCUGGUCUCGAGGAAGAAGGCACAUACCUUGUCUGGACAGAGAAAGGGGCUGAUGUUCUCGUGGAAAUACAGCACGUCUUGCCGUCCUACCUGUGCCCUGUCUCGUGCUCAAGUCGAGAACGGCAGAACCUGCGGCCCUUCUUGGUCCUCUCCUCGGCUUCUCUUGCGUGUCUCUUCGAAGGAGUCUUGCGACGGCAGGGUGUUUUGGUGUAUUCCAAGCCGAAAGUGGUAUCGCUGCGGACUUACACGGUUGGCAAGAAGAGUCGCGCUGCUCUAGCGUUCUCCCUCCCCGAGGCGGAUGCGCAGUUCGGGGGGAACCCCGCUGCUGCAGCGAAUCAGUCUCACCAACAGGGAGAUCUGCAGGCAGAGGGAGCUGGGGGGAGCACUAGCGCUAGCAAUAGAAGCCUUUCCCAGUGUCAGAGAGCGGAGACGCCGCGAGCCGUCUCCCCCUCGCCAAGGAGCGCUGCGGCAGUGGCUUCGCCGGAGGGUCGAAAGGGUCGCACUGGGGGGCCCCCCACGGGAGCGACAGGGGCCCCCCCGAUAAUGGAUAUGCAGCUGCACUAUCUGACGAAGAAGGGCCGGGUGAUUGGGGAAGAUUAUGUCUUUUACAGGAGAAGAACUUGUGACGACGAAGGGGCUGCCCUCUACAAUCUCUCCGUUUCCGUGAAAAGACAACCCAAGACGUGCAGCAAGCACCACUUUCGCUUCGACGCGCUGCCCCCCAAAAUCGCCAUCCCCAAAAGUGCGGAAACACCCUCCUCGGCAGUUGCUGCUGCCGCGGCAGAAGACGAAGAGGACGCUGGAACGGUAAAAGCGGCAGCGGCGGAGAGUGCAGCCGCAGAGCUGCAGCCGCUAGCAGCCGAGGCAGAGGCAUUGCAACAGCUAGAACUCGAGAAAGAGCGAUACAUCCUAGAAAGAGACAGGGGCGGCUGGCGAGGCUGGGUUUACGCAGAAGACAAUUGCGACCUCGGAGGAUACGAUGCUGCCUUACAACUCCCUGCAGCUCUCGCCAGCGAAAUUCGCGUGCUGCUCGGCUUGCAGCCCUCCAUUAUGGCCCAUAGAUGCAAGAUAGUCUCGUCUUUGCAACGUCGCUGCCGCUUCUUUGUCUUGUCUGCUGAGGGCGACGAGCGAAUUGGCGAGGUGCGCCCCUUCGGAGAUCCCAGACAAGGAGCAGAUGAAUCGUGGGCGGCCUAUAGGCAACAGCAGAUAAAGUGUGGGGCCUCUAUUGGUGCUGCCGAGCAGCAGCAGCAGCAGCAGCAGCUGCAGCUCGGGCAAGUCAAAGACGAGGAAGAGGAGGAUGCGGCUCCUGUGGAGCAGAAGCAGCAGCAGCAGCAGCCACAGCGACAGGCGGAAAUUGCUGGACGUACACGGGGAAGGGCCAAGAGAGCUGGUGGCAGUUCUGCAGCAGAAGACGAAUUGACAGGCUCGCAGCAGCAGCAGCAGCACCGCGGGCGCAACUCCCGACGAGGCGAUGCCGCGGAUGGAGACGCUGGUGAUGCCAGCAUGGUGCAAGCGAAGCAUGCAGCAGAGGAGGAAGAGGGGGCAGCAACACGAGCAGCAGACGAGGCCACUACUGCAACGGGAGAUGGUGAGGGGACGGCGUUUGAGGGCAAGUCUGAAGUCGAUGGGUUCAAGGGGAGUGGUGCAGGCGCCAAGCAAUCGCAGGAGGAUGUGGAAGGCAAAGAAGAACCUCUUGCGCAUGUUGAGAGGGCGACAACAGGAUCGCUCAAGGAAGGGCAGAAGGACCUCAACACGGAUUUGACUGGGGGGGGGGGCACUUGUGAGACGAUGGAAGACACAGGAGUCGCACCAACUGGGCUAACCGCAGGCGGGGGUAGCGUCUCGGGAGGAGGAACAACUUAUCAAGACGGGGAAGAGGAGUCUUACAUAGUGCUCGGGGAGCUCUCUGCCGAGUCUCUUACGACAGCAGACAGCUCGUCGCUCGUCUCGUCCAUACGGCUCCCCCCCGGCUGCCGCAUCGAGGUGGAAUUUCCCACCGAGUUUCAUUCCUUCAUGGAAGUUGACAGAGUGCGAGUCGCCAGCAAAGGGGAGAUCCGCAGCGCCCUAGCGAAGCUCAAGGCCUAUGCUGAGCAGCUCAACAAGUCCCUUGACUUUUCAGCGAUUAACUUGGCGCAGAACGCAACCAAUCUGUACUGGAAUCUGAGUCGCUUUGAUAGGGGGGGUUGCGUGGAGGCAGCAUUGCAAUCUUUAUGUCCGUCCUGCGGCUUGAGGCUGAAGCGGCGAAGAGCCUGCAGCAGCAGCGCAUCUGCUGGCGAUGAGAAACAAGGAAAGCGUGGCAAGGGGGGCCUUACUGUCUCUCGGGAUCAGCGACGACAAAACGAGGCAGAUGCGUUUUACGAUUUCAUGGCGGCAGAGUUUUCAAAGAGGAGCCAAAGGCUGAAGCAGAGGAAGGAAGAGCUUGGGGAGACGUUAAAAGAGAACAAGAAAAUCAGAUUGCCUGCGACAGUGGAUGGCGGGGAUGUGGCUCUCAUCAAUGCAUUCAUUGAUGCAGAGACAGGACUCAUCAAGCGGCCCUUUUCUUUGGCCUCUGCUUCCCAGCGCCGCAUUUUAUACAUUCACUGCUUGCGCAACAAUUUUCACGCGAACGUAAGGCUCAGCAGACUACCAGGCAAGGGCCGUGCAGUCUUGGCGGCAGAUGUGAUAAGGAAAGAUGACUUUGUACUAGAAUACAAGGGCGAGCUCUGCUCGGAGAGAGAGGCCAGGGAGAGAGACAUUCGCUAUGACCGUUCCAAGUGCUCCAAGGGGAGUUUCAUGUUUUAUUUUAAAUACAAGGAGAGGCAAAUGAGCAUCGAUGCGACAGAGGAACGCCUUGAGUUCGGUCCCGCGCGGCUCAUCAACCACUCUAGAAAAAAUCCGAAUCUCAAACCCAAGGCGGAGGCUCUGGACGGCGACUCCAAUGAUCUACGGCUCUUUUUCGUUGCUCUAAGGGACAUAGACGAGGGCGAGGAGCUGCUGGUUGACUACGGGGAACGUGACCCAGAGGCCCUCAAGCAAAACCCCUGGCUCAACGAAUAG